AUGGCACAAAUAGACCCGGCGACAUUUGUCAGCGACGAAUAUUUCCAUGGCUACUGGCGGAACAAUCACCUGGUGCCUGCGUUUGCCAACGACACGUUUAUGAGCAAAGUCCGCAAAUACAACCAGCACCAUAUCACGCCCGACGUGCGGGCAGAGGCCCAGUCUCUGGGUAUUCCAGUGCUCGACUACGAUGGUGUGGCCGAGGUGUGGGUGGAUGGUGUGGAGGACUGGAAACAGAUUGUGACUGAUACGGACUUUGUCAAAGCUGUGGCCGAGGACGAGAAGCACUUUAUCCUGCAUCCCAUCAACGUCAUGUUUGGCUGGGACAACUUGAUUAUUGACAAGGAGGCGGGUAUCAACAAUGGUCCGAAAUAG